AUGACUACGGUGGCGCGGCGCAGGCUGAUACGGGAUCUCAAGAAGCUGCAGUCAGACCCGCCACAAGGGGUCAGUGCAUCUCCUGCACAAGAUGACAUCAUGAGCUGGACAGCUGUGAUGUUUGGUCCGGAUGACACACCAUGGGAGGGCGGAACCUUCCAGCUUGAGGUUACGUUUUCGGAGGAGUUCCCGACGAAGCCUCCGCAUGUAAGAUUCUUGACGAAGAUGUUUCAUCCGAACAUCUACAACAACGGGGAGAUCUGCUUGGACAUCCUGCAGGAGUUGAACCGUCUUGGUCUGUCAUUAAUCUCAUGUUAUAACACUGAUUAG